AGGGAGGAUCGAUGCUGGGCAGGGGGCAGCGGGGUGCCCCGGCAGCCUGGGACAAGCGCCCAGAGCAACUGAGGGGCAGCGGCAGAAGCAACAGCGGGGGUCAUAGCCCUGGUAAGCAGGGCCAGUUGCUGCCUACUGGCUCCUUUCAGAAGAAGAGGUUGGCAAGAAGGCCUGGCUAUAUGAGGACAGACACCAGGCCCCGGAUAGAAUGCCUUUCUGCUGCAGCUCACCCAUCAUUCAACCUGAAGGAGCUGGGCCAAAGCAAAGAUGGAAUGGCUGAGCUGAAGACCUGUACCAUGGCCAGACUGGGAGACUCGGAUUUGAUAAGACAGGGUUUUGGUUCCUCAAUUGGGAAUCCCAUCCUCAAAGGCAGCAGGGUCAUAGGGCAUAGUAUACCGGGAAAUUUCUGGUCUCAGCCAGGAUCAAGUACCAAACUGACCGACAGUGUAACUGAUCUUACUGAUUCCUCUGCCUCUGUUUGUUUGGGAAGUUUUCCACCCCCACAUAGGCCUGAGGUCCCCCUAGACCCUUGGGAGGUGGUUGAGGGCAUCAGAACUCAGGACCCCUCGGUACAGAAGGAAGCAAACAACUCCUGUGACCACGUAGGCUGCCAGCAGACCCCUACAACCCCACCUAGCCCUCAUGAUGUCUUUAACUCAAGUUUUAGUUUCAUACGGCUCUCUCUGCGAUCUGCUGGGGAGCGAGGAGAGGCUGAAGGUUGCCUCCUCACAAAGGAGGUAGAGCGUACCUGUCAAAGUCCCACAGAUGUAAGAACAGAGAAUACCAAUGUGAAUGAAUCUGUCAAGAGGCAGGGCAGUUCAGGAGCCUGUGAGGACCUGAGGCUUGCUUCUCAGCCUUGCGACUGCAGAUCUGCCCAAGGCCCUGUGGGUACACUCCUGGCCAGCAGUACCCAGCCUGAGAAGGAGGUUUUCUCUUUCACGCAUACUGAUGCAGCCAUCUCCUGUUCUCUGGAUUCUUCCUCCAUUGGCUCUUCAGUUACCUCAGGCUACGAGAGCAGCAUCAUGGCAAGUGACCACAGUUGGGACACCCUGGUCAAGAAAUAUGAGCCGGUGCUGAUGGACUGCCUUCUGAGUAACCGGGCCUUGCUGAAGAUAAAAUCCUUGAUGUUGAAGCUUCAGAAACUUCAGGAAAAAGCAGUUGAAGAAGAUAAUUAUGAUAGAGCUUCCAAUGCAGAUGCUGUUGUCAGCUACUGCUGCUCUGGUGGACAGACACAGCAUCCAACUGAAGAAUUAAAACAAAAAUUAGAAAACUUGGAGAAAGAAAAGAGCACCCUAAAAUUUCAGCUUCCUUCAAGGCAUCCAUCCAUUAGCUCAUUUUUGGACCAUUUUGGAGCCCAAGUCCAAUCUGCUCUGCACUGGGCUACACAUGGGGUCAGCAGUGAAGAAACCCAACCCCAGCUUAGAAUGGACACCAACCUCACAGAAUCUGCAGUUCAGGACAGACUCCAGGUUUCUAUCACUAGGAGAGAUUGGCUUCUUCAAGAGAAACAGCAAUUGCAGAAGGAAAUCGAAGGCCUCCAAGCAAGGAUGUCUGUGCUAGAAGCAAAAGAUCAACAAUUAAGACGGGAUAUAGAAGAGCAAGAAAGGUUCAUCCAAUUUCAGGACUGUGAGCUGACUUCCUUGCUGGGCUGUGUGCCCCUGGGAGAACUGCAGGAGGUCAGGAAGGCCUUGGAUGACAUGCUAGCCUUAUCCUAUGAGAUCCCAUUUAGUCUGGAGCUCCCUGGAACUAUGAAGAGCCUCCAAGAGAAGGAACAAUCACUUAGCUUGACCAUUAAAGAAACUACUUCAAAGGUUUGUACAAGUCAGAAACUCUGCAGCUCUCUGAGGAAGAAAGUGAAUGAAAUCGAGACCCAUAUACCAGCCUUGCUUGAAGCCAAAAUGCUUGCUGUUUCAGGGAAUAGUUUCUCUACAGCCAAGGAUCUCACAGAGGAGAUUAGGUCGUUAACAUCUGAGAGAGAAGGGCUGGAGGGCCUGAUCAACAAGCUGCUGGUGCUGAGUGCCAGGAACGUCAGGAAACUGGAGAGAAUUAAAGAAGAUUACAACAGACUGAGACAAGAAAUAGAGCAGGGGGAGACUGCCUAUGAGAACAGUGUUAAGGAACAUACUGUGAAGUACAUGGAAAUACUGGAAGAUAAAUUGCGCAGCUCCAGGAGUCAGCUUCUAGAAAGAGUGUGGGAAGCUGAUUUGGAAGCUUGUCAGCUUUUGAUCCGGGGCUUCCAGCUUCAAGAGGUCAGCAGCUGUGUUUCAGAAGGAGAGGAGAUUCAGAUAGACCGCUUCGAGAUGGCCACCCCUGCUCCUGCCCCUGUCACCUCUCUCCUCCCAAGGCCCACUUCAGAAGACGGACUGAAGCCUUUUUGUCAGCCGGCUGAGGAGUGGCAAGCAACCCUGUACCCCACCAUUCAGGGUGGUGGCUGUGAACAGAAAGAGGAGUCUUACAUUAUUUCUCUAGAACUGAGAGAAAAAUGUGAAGCCAUAAGUGAAAAGUUAUUGUAUUUGGAAGAUCAACUUCAUGCUGCAAUCUAUAGCCAUGAUGAAGGUCUUGUUCAGGCUCUCAAGAGGGAGAUCCAGAUGGUGAAGGAAACUCUGCAGGCCAUGAUUGUGCAGCUUCAGCCAGCAGAGGCUGGAGACUUCCUGUGUGCCAGCUGGUGUCCUGAAAACCCCGGCUGGACAAAUGAUGGGGGAGGUGGGAAAGGAGACGGUUUCACAGUUUCAUAAAUCCCAGUUCCCAGAGGGCUGCUUCAGGUAACUGAGCCCUCUCACACACUAAGCUGGACACACCUCUUUGCAUUCUGCUUAAUGAAUUCUCUCUAAGAACUUACAGAGACUGGAGUCUUAAGGUCAUUCACCAUUGGUAGAGGACUAUACUGAUUCUUAUAGGCUGGCACAGAUCAGGAAAACAGGUUUCCAUGAAGUAUGCAUGGUGACUGGAAUUGGGGAGGCUACAAAUUAAUAGGGUGGCUGGUUUUCCUUUAGAAUGGGAAAUAGAGAUGCCUCAAACCUGUUAUUAACCAUAGUUUCCCUGAUCAGGAUUAAUGAUGUUCAAGUAUUUCCCUUCCACCACCCCCCUCACCUCUCCCUCAGAGAAAGGAAUCCUGACAGACAACUGGUCUCUCCCCCUCCCAUUGCAUUUUCUUGCUUUGUACCAUGCUAAAAAUAUUUUCUCAUAAAAGAGAAAUCGAAACAACAGUCAAUUUUUCCUCACCUGUGCCUGGGCUGCAUUUUCCUGGAGGCACAUUAUAUAAAAGAGAUAAUUAACCUCAGAAUGUUGAGUAGCUUUUCAUCUCAUUUCUUCUGUGACUUACCGAUGACUCACAAGAAUUUAAUACCAUAAACCUAAAAUGUGUUUUUUUCUUUUAAAAUGACAGCAGCCUCUAUUGUGUAAAUGCCUAAUUAUCUUUUACAGAGAUGAUUUCUUGUUUAGCCCUUUUUUUUUCAUGCCUUUGAUUGCUUUUACUACAUUCUAAAAUUCAACUGUAAAGGAUAUAUGCAUUGAAGGGAUUAGAUGAUAUGUGAGUUGACUUUUACAAAAGUCUCAUUUUCUUCCCUGAUCUUUUUCACUGAUUUGUUGGAUAGGAAAUGGAAGUGAAAACCCACACAUAAAUGACACAGUGUUCAAUAACAGCUUUUAGCAUUACAAGUCCAGUGCUCUUCCUUUUGGCAAAAUCAAGAUAGUGUUAAACUCUUGAUAAAGUAUGCAGAAGAGACAUAUCAUACUGACCCAGUUAGGUUAUUCUCAUCCCCAGUCCUCUAACUGAAACAAAAAUGGGACCCCUAAUCAUUGACUGUUUGGCAUAUAGCAAGAAGAAAUUUCAUGCAUUGACUAUGGCUAAAGACCAUAAGCUCCCCCACAAAUUUGAGGUCAGACAUUGUCCUGAGCUCAUACUGGGCCCAAUGCCAUACUGAAGCAAGAAUAUUCUGCAAAUUGAUUUUAUUCUGUUUUGGCUUUUAGUAAUUGUCCUGCCUUGAUUUGAACCUAUUAGCACAUGAAAAGACUUCCAUUCUAAUCCAGAAAAAUGCCUUUACUUAUAUUAACAAUCAGCUUCUGAGAAUAGAAGGCAAAGAGAAAGCAUAAUGUCUGAAUUUGAUGAUUUCUGUUCAUCCUCCUCCUCCUUCUAGGGUAGCUAGGUGCCACAGUGGAUAAAGCACUAGGCCUGGAGUAAGG